GAUGGAUGCCUAAAGUGAGAGGAAAUCCAAGAUCACUGCCUCCCGCAAACUCAUGCUGAAGAGCCUGAUGCUGGCCAAGGCCAAGGAGUGCUGGGAACAGGAACAUGAGGAGCGAGAGGCAGAGAAGGUGCGCUACCUAGCGGAGCGCAUCCCCACGCUGCAGACCAGAGGCCUGUCCCUCAGUGCCCUGCAGGACUUGUGCCGAGAGCUACAUGCCAAGGUGGAGGUGGUGGAUGAGGAGCGAUACGACAUUGAGGCCAAAUGCCUCCACAACACGAGGGAGAUUAAGGACCUGAAGCUGAAGGUCCUGGACCUCCGUGGGAAGUUCAAGCGUCCACCCCUGCGCCGGGUCCGUGUCUCAGCCGACGCCAUGCUCCGGGCCUUACUGGGCUCCAAGCACAAGGUCUCCAUGGACCUACGGGCCAACCUCAAGUCUGUGAAGAAAGACGACACAGAGAAGGAGCGGCCAGUGGAGGUGGGAGACUGGAGGAAGAAUGUGGAGGCCAUGUCUGGCAUGGAAGGCCGCAAGAAGAUGUUUGAUGCUGCCAAGUCCCCGACUUCACAGUAGAGGUUGGCUUGCUGUAUGACUCUGGGGUCAUGCUUUGGGCACUUUCCUCCAGCCCCACUCACCCAUCUUUCUGCCAAUGCCUGGAGCAUCCCUGCUAUGUCCUUCCUCCCUCCAGCCUACAUGGUCACCUUUGGAGCCGGGAUGAAAUGGCACCCAAAGGAGAAGAGAGAUGCGAGUGUCUGAGACCUCAAGCCAGUAGCAUGGGCUUCCAGUAACCCACGAGGCACACUGGGGUUAUCCAACCAGGCCGAGGGGCCAUAGGCUGGAGAGGGAGGCAGAGAGAGAAAGCCUUCCUUACAGUCCCAUCUUGCUACCCCCAUCUCUGUUGCUACCUGCCAUGUCCACAGACAUCACAACUCCUCAUUAAAAA